AUGACGUCAGUUGUUGGAUCCAUCGAUAACGAAUGUGUUAAACUUACUGGCACAACGACAGCAGCUAUUAAUGGUCAUCAGUCUGACAAUGUGAUUUGCAAUCAUGCUGUAAAGCGUAAUGAUUACCUUUCUUGGGAAGAAUACUUUAUGGGCGUAGCACAUAUGGCUGCACUGCGGAGUAAAGAUCCAAUAACGCAGGUUGGAGCCGUAAUUGUAAACCAAGAUAAACGGAUUGUUGGCUCCGGAUAUAAUGGGAUGCCAACCGGUUGUUCAGAUGAUGUACUACCAUGGGGCAAAGAUCCCGAGAAUUUCUUGGAAAAUAAAUCCGCCUAUGUAUGCCAUGCAGAAUUGAAUGCAAUACUGAAUAAGAUUGUGGGUUCAAUUAAAGGUUCAACAAUUUACACUGUCCUGUUUCCAUGCAAUGAAUGUGCUAAACUUAUCAUACAGGCUGGUAUAAGUGAAGUAGUGUUUCAAAGAGAAAAAGAGAAGAAAGUGAAUACGAUUGCAUCAAAAAGAAUGUUUGAUUUGGCCGGGGUUCGCUAUCGACAGUUCCUUUCAAAUCGAAAGAUAUCAAUUGAUCUCAGUGGUGAUGCUGCCUAUAAUAUUGUCACACUCUAG